AUGCCCGGAUCACGGUGGUUCAAGCGCAGCAGCCGUCAUGCGGCACCGCCGCCGCCUAUCGAGUGCAACGAUCAAGGCAUAGUCGACAGCCUUACUGAAAAUAAUCAGAGAAGCAUGUGGGCUAGCAGAAGGAUUGGGGAGGACGAACAACUGUACAUUGUCCACGUGCAGGGAGCCGCUGGCAUCGGUCUCCCGACUACGCUGCUGGUCAAGAAGUUCCAGAAUGCAAACCCAGCACUCCUAGUGGAUGACAAUGUCAAGAACCGCUGCAAGUUGGAGAUGACUCUGUUAGCCAGCAUCUCUCAUGACAACAUCAUCAAUGUGCUACACUUCAUCCAGAGGGAAGACGCGAUCAUGCUCGUCUACGAGUACCCGGUGAAUGGCAGCCUUGACUACUGGCUCCACCGGCGGGAGGGAGGCGAGCAGCCACUGAGCUGGCCGCAGAGGAUUGCUAUCGCCAUCGGCGUGGCCCAAGGGCUCUGCCACUUGCAUCACCGAUGCAACAGACCGAUUGUCCACCACAACAUCAACUCUGAAAACAUCUUGCUUGCUCAGAAUUUCAAGGCCGUGAUAGCCAGCUUUGGCAUUGCGCAGAUGAACAUUGCCGGGCUUAACCAACCAUUGCCGAUCGGGGACAUUCCAGUUGGUAACUUUGGGUAUGCAGCUCCAGAGUAUGGUGUCGCGGCAAGCCAGCUGACAGAGAAGGUAGACAUUUACAGCUUCGGCGUGCUGCUGCUGGAGCUAGUCACAGGGAAGUUGGCCAAUGGAGCAGAUGGUCUAUUGGCAAUUUGGGCUCAGGACAACUGCAAUGAAUUGAUGGCAAACCAUCUGAAAAUGUUCAACACUGGCGUGGACAAGGGCAUCCCUCAUCAAGCGCGGUACAUGGAGGAGAUGGCGGCCGUGUUCAGGCUGGGUGUGGAUUGUACCGUUGGGGAUCCAAAGCAAAGGCCGUCCAUGCAGAUGGCUCUCAAACGACUCCGCCGCAGCCGUGGACGUGGCCCAUUCCGUGGCCUCCUAAACCUAUACAUCACCAGUGAGGAUGUAGUCCAAGUGAAGGGCGGUAUUUUUUUCGCAAAGGGGAGCACCCCGGCCUCUGAAGUGAAGGGCAAAGUGGCAUAUGAGAUCAGCUCAGCGGAUGAACUGACAUUGACAGAGCUAUGUUCAGUGAAAGCUUCAGGAUGCCCCAAAACCAAGGGAAGAGUCUACCAGUGGCAAGAGGCACAACAGAGUGUUGCAAACCUCCAGCAUGAAUGCAAGGCACCUAAUAUACUACUGUCUGAGUUGUCAAUGGUGACAACAGAUCCAGAUUGUCCGUGGAGUCAUUUCCGGCCUGAUCUAAUGGAAGCUGUCUAUUUGUGGGUCAGAGGGCUCAAGUUCCACCAAAUCAGUGAGAUGUCUCAGGUGAUCAGGGUCAUUAGGAGGCUCAGGGAGGUCCUGCAGCAGCUGAUCUCUGCAUCUCAGUCGAGCAGCGAAACCCAACUAGAAGGCAAAUUUACCGAAGGCUUCAGUAAGAUCAAGAGUUGA